UAAAAUAAAAAAAUAUAAAUCAAAUGAUUUGGAAAACGAAUUUAUUGCGCUUGUUGUUGGUGUUGUUUGUGUUGCUGAUAAGUGCAACCCAUGCACGUCAUUUACCGCAAACUGAUGCAGCGCGCGAUGCAGCGGCAAAAGUACCUUGGGAAUUGAGCGAAGCGCUCUCGGCGAGCGGACGUUUGCGUGGUUUCAAUGGAAGUUGGAUUAACGAUGAUGAAAUCGCUUAUAGAGCUACAGACGGUUAUCUCUAUAAAUAUAAUGUGCCCACACUAAAUCGUUCGCUGAUCUUGCCGCCAGCGAUAUUCGAGGUGUAUCCAUCGGAUUUAACCAUCACAUUCUCGCCCGACAACACGAAGCUGCUCAUACGUUACGAUGUCGAGCAGCUGUUUAGGCAUUCGGUCAUCGCGAAAUACUCUCUGCUGGAUAUUGAUACCAGAGACGAGACGAAAGUCCAUAAUGGCGAGAAAUUGCAGUACUGCGGUUGGUCGCCGUCGAAAAACCGGCUCGCCUACAUCUAUGAAAAUAAUGUACACGUACACUAUGAAAACGAUGAGGAGUUGCAGCUCACCAGCGAUGGCGUAACCGGCGUUAUCUACAACGGCAUACCCGAUUGGGUGUAUGAGGAGGAGGUACUGUCCAGCGGCAGCGCAAUGUGGUGGUCCAAAGACGGUACGCAUCUCAUAAGCGGUUACUUCAAUGACGUCGAUGUGAAGACCUUCAAGUAUCAGGUGUACGAAGAUAGCUAUAUAAACAACUCGCUGUUGGAGUAUCAAUAUCCACAAGAAUUGGACUUGAAAUAUCCCAAAGUGGGCACACCAAACCCUGUAGUAGGUUUGCGUUUGUUCAAUGUGGAUACCAAGCAAUUGGAUCCCGUCAAUAUCACUGCUCCCGUUGAGAUUGUAACGGCCGAUCACAUUAUACAAAAUGUUGUUUGGAUCGAUAGCAGUCGCUUUCUAUUGGUUUGGCUGAAUCGUCGUCAAAACUUGGCUACUCUGCAGGAAUGCACACUGGAGGGUGUGUGUCGUGAGGUGACGCGCUUGCAGGAGUCUGAUGGCUGGAUUAUGAUGAGCACACCGAAAUGUGAGUCCACGUAUUGUACCUUUACCUAUUGGAUUGACGACUGGCUGCAAGUGUGGCGACUGGAUUUGGCGACGGGCAAGAAUCUGUGGGAGACGCGCGGUAACUUUACCGUGCUGAAUGUUUACCAUUACGAUGAGACUGCCGAUGAGCUCUACUAUCAGGCUACGUUGAGGGAUCAACCUUUUCAAUCACAUGUUUUCCGCAAUAACGACUGUUUGAGCUGUAAACUACGUGAUUCCGAGGAUAACAUUUGCCGUUCAGCUGGCGCCUCCUUCAGCACGAAUUACACAUACUAUGUGCUGAACUGUAAUGGACCCGGUCCAGCAAUUAUACGAGUUUUUGAGACUAAGACCGAUCGUGAAGUAGCCGUUUGGGAGAAUAAUCAUAUUUUCCGCGAGUAUUUUGCUAAUAAACUAUUUCCCAACAACACUUAUAUAAAUGUAACACUAGCCGAUGGCUCCUUUGCCGCUGUGAAGCUGCAGUUUCCACCGAAUUUGGAUGAAACCAAGAAAUACCCAAUGAUUGUCAAUGUCUAUGGCGGUCCCAAUUCGGUGCGUGUCACCAGCGCUUUCAGCACGGGCUACAACCUCUUUGUGACCACAAAUCGCGAGGUCAUCUACGCGCUGAUCGAUGGACGUGGUACGGGCAAUAAGGGCAAGAAGUUACUCUUCAGUGUGAAUAACAAUUUGGGCGACUUGGAGCCACAGGAUCAGAUUUUCGUUGCUAAAUAUCUGCAAACCCUUUAUCCAUUUAUCGAUGCGGAACGUGUGGGUAUUUGGGGUUGGAGUUAUGGUGGUUAUAUGACAAUCAAAACGCUGGAGUAUGAUGCGAAUAAUGUCUUCCAGUGCGGUGUAAGUGUGGCGCCGGUCACAUCGUGGUUGUAUUAUGAUACCAUCUACACCGAACGUUAUAUGGGUCUACCAACGGAGGAGGAUAACUUGGCCGGCUAUCUGAAGAGCAGUGUGUUCCAUAAGGAAAUUGACACUUUUAAUAUACACGAUCUGCUACUGAUACACGGCACAGGUGACGAUAAUGUGCACUACCAGAACUCGCUGCUGUUUGCCAAGAGCCUACAAGCCGCCAAUAUUUUGUUUGAGGAAAUGGCCUACACGGAUGAAAAUCACUCGAUUGGCAGCUUCUUACCUCAUGUCUACAAUACAAUCGACAAUUUCUUCAUAAGUUGCCUUAAUUUACAUGUGCACGAUGAUGACGAGGCAGAGGAGGAGAAGAGUAAAUGAAAUUAAGACUGGAUUGUAAAUGACCAGAUUGUUCAGUUGAGUUGGCAGCAGAAGUAUUAGUUAGUUAAUUUUUUUUCCAAUGACUUUUCAUAAUAAAAAUAAAUGAAUUUCGAUUUCAAUUGAAAAUAAA